GUUCAUUGAUCCCGUAGGCAGUCCAUGCUACAAGCAGACACGAGCUCUCGGGACCAGAAAGGCACAGGUGACUCCAUUAAACCUUCAGGUACCGGGAGAGGAGAUCUAGCCUUCAUCAUGAGACGGUGGCUUUUUGCCUGCCUGAUUGCCUGCUUUGUUGGGGCCUGGGUGCCGAUCGCUCAUGCCCAAGGUGCCUUUGAAGACUGCUGCUUGGGUUACCAACCCAAGGUCAAAUGGAAUAUUCUCCGGCAUGCUAGGAACUAUCAUCAGCAGGAAGUGAGUGGAAGCUGCAACCUACGUGCUGUGAUAUUCUACUUCCGCCAGAAAGUAGUAGUGUGUGGGAAUCCAGAGGACAAGGAUGUGAAGAGGGCAAUGAAGAUCUUGACAGCUAGGAAAAAGCCAGUCCACAAUCCCCAGAAGAGCACCUCAGACUCUCAGACUGAAAGGAAGAAGUCAAACCAUAUGAAGUCCAAGGUGGAGAACCCCAACAAUACAAGCAUGAGGAAUGCUACCCUCGGUCAUUCCAGGAUGGUGAUGGUGUCCAGAAAGACCAACAAUUAAGUUAGCUACUCAGAGUAAGCACCAGCUGGAGGAUUGGAGGAGGAGUCUGCUGAUGUGCUGUCUUCUAGGCACGACAGUGCCAAUAAACUCAUUGAAGCUACUGUUACCUGCACAAGACCGGACCCACUAACAUCUCAGCAUGUACGAGGAAGGACCCACUAUGUUAAAGGUCCUACCACUCCCCGAGGAGCUAUUGGCUAUUGAUGAUUGCUGGGAGAAGGGAGUCUUUUUUUUUUCUGAAGUGUGGCUUGAGUAAAUUGCCCAUAGUCCAGUAUGUAAUCCCUCACCUGUGCCCAGUCAAGCAACCCUAAUUAAAUGCAAUGGCCACGUAUGAAAGAACAAAGGUAUGAAUAGUUUGGUAGGAGGGGAUUAUUAGGAAGAAGACAUUAUCCUCUAUUAGCAGUAGAGAGAGGAACAAGAGGAUAGUGAGUGUGUAAAAAUGGUCAAAUGCCUACAUAUGCAAAAUGGUUAAAGAAUUAACAAAUAAAAAUUUA